GUACAAUAUUUUUUUUUUUGUUUUAAAUGUUUCCGUGGAUGUUUCGCGAGAGUGUCACAAUGGAGUCAUCCGGUGGUACACUGUUCUGAGCAGGUGACAGAACCCUACGCCUAUUCAGCCGCUGGGGUACAGGACCGAUGGGAACGAAUAUGCGCACAGGGGGACAGCAUCCCCAUUAAUUAACAACUCUUUUUAAAAAUCAACUGAUCUUUUACAAAUAAGUUAAUAUUAUUUGAACUCUGUGUCUUGCCCACCUUUUAAAAUCUCAGCGGUCAGUGGUCACUGAAUUCAGACUUGAGCUGACCACAGCAAGAGAGAGAGAGAGAGAGAGAUGAAGGGCAUGUCGAAGAAGACUAUGGGGGGGUCUUACUGUGUGAAGGAGAAGAAGGCGUGCGUGGGGUGGGUUGAGAAGUAUUUCAAGGACUGCCUGUGCAAUCUCAAGGACGAACUCUCCUUUGGGUUUGGGCUUAUAAGUCUGGUCUGUUGGGGAGUCGCCGAAAUCCCUCAGAUCAUCACCAACUUCCAAACAAAGUCCGGCCAUGGAAUCUCCCUUCUUUUUCUUCUCACCUGGGUCGCCGGUGACGUUUUCAACCUAGUGGGUUGCCUUCUGGAGCCAGCCACGCUGCCGACCCAGUUCUAUACGGCUCUGCUCUAUACGGCAAGCACUGUAGUAUUAGUCUUGCAGUGUGUGUACUAUGAUCAUUUCUGUAGAUUGUGGAAACGUCGAGGCCAACAUAACCAUUUUGACGACGUGGAUGGAGAACAGAGAGAACCCUUGAAACCAGAGUCAAAUGAUUCAAGCAUUCCUAUACCCAGACGAGCUCCACACCAGCCAUCUUUGCGUGGAGACUUUUACUACAUGUCAGCAAGAUCAUUGGCUGGGAGCAAUGGGACUCCAUCGUCUGGAUCUUAUCUGAGGACAGCGAGAAGUGGCCCAUCGGCGUUGGGAUUCGAAAGGGACUCCUCGUCCGACGAUGAAGCAACUCCGGCGUCAUCCGAUCGGACCGAUCAGCGCUUUAGCCAGCCUAGGCCAAUCCCUCUCCCACGAUCGGCUGGUUAUGGUUACGGAGCAUUUCUAGCAACGUCGGUCAACUUGCCUCAACAGGGCAAAGCCUUGAUGGAUGCUUAUGCGGGAAUUAGAGGAAGGAGACUGUUACAUGAACAUGAGGUUGAGCGUAAUGUAUACGGGCAAUGGUUAGGAUGGUUGAUGGCUGCAAUAUACAUGGGCGGUCGAAUCCCCCAGAUAUGCUUGAAUAUUAAGAGAGGCAGCGUGGAGGGCUUGAAUCCUCUCAUGUUCAUUUUUGCACUCAUUGCCAAUGUUACUUACGUGGGAAGUAUUCUUGUGAGGACAAUGGAAUGGGAAAUGAUUAAAGCCAACAUGCCAUGGUUAUUAGAUGCAAUUGUUUGUGUUGCACUCGACUUAUUUAUUAUAUUGCAGUACAUAUACUACAAAUCUAUUCAAAAGAGGAUUAUAGCUCGUCCAAUAUACCACGAUGACUAUGUGGAAGCUAACAAAGUUGUUGGAUCUUAAUUGUAUGUUACUAUUGAUUAUAAUUUUGAGACUUCGAUCUUGUGAACGAUUUAAGCAUUAGUUGUUUUGUAGUGAUAUGUAAUAAGCUUAAAUCACCAUAUCUUGUUGAUAUGAAAAAUAAAGUGAUCAGUUUUAAAA